CUGCCCCGCACGUUACCUUCCUGACGAGUCAAGCACAUCACAAGCAUCAUGUCUAUCACUGACAUCCUCUCCGCAAAGGACAUCGACGCUGCCUUGAGCAGUGUUUCAGCUGCCGAGUCAUUUCAGCACAAGUCCUUCUUCGACAAAUGUGGUCUGACAGGCAAAUCCAAUGACCAAGUCAGGAAGGUCUUUGAAAUCCUUGACAGAGACAAGAGUGGAUUUAUUGAGGAAGAUGAACUCCAGCUCUUCCUGCAGAACUUUAAGUCUAAUGCCAGAGCUCUCAGUGCUGCAGAGACCAAGGCUUUUCUGAAAGCUGGUGACUCUGAUGGUGACGGCAAGAUUGGAGUAGAUGAAUUCCAGGCUCUGGUGAAGGCAUAAACAGCCCAAGACCAAAGACAACCAAGGACUGAAUUCUCAUUUCUCACCCAAAAGGCACCUCAUCCACGGCUGGCACUUAUUUGUGCAUUUUUAUACUGUCUCACGGCAUUGGUAAAAAGCCUGUAUGUUAACUCAUUUUUAGGACUAUUCAGAAACCUUAUACAACAUCCAGGUAUUCUGCCCAUUUACUGUUACGUCUUAAGUGUUUUAUCGAUGGCGUUGUGAGUUUGACCAAUAACAAUGUUGAAGAUGCGGCUGGAAGAUAGUAAAAACUGAAAUAAAUAACAACCUUUAAAUAAAAA